AGGAGAAGAACCUGGAGGUGGAUCAUCCCAGCGUGUGGUCACUGACUUUCUGUGUGAGGAGGAGGAGGAGGAGGAGGAGGAGGCGCUGAGCUCCGUGCUGCUGCUGCUGUGGUGGAGCAUACCAACCAAAGAACCAGCCCCGGUACAUGCCCCAGGUCCCAGUUGCAUUCAGGUUCACAUCGGGGGUGGAUCUCACGGCUGGAGGACCAGGACCUGACCGCUGCUGCUGCUGCCGCUGCUUCGCUCUCUGCACCGGGUGCCACGUUGCUCUGGUAAACCCCAGGAAAGAUGUCUCAUCGGAGCGGGCAAGAGGACCCGGAGCGCUACCUGUUCGUGGACCGGGCUGUGGUUUAUAACCCCGCCACGCAGGCCGACUGGACGGCCAAGAAGCUGGUGUGGGUCCCCUCGGAGCGCCAUGGCUUCGAGGCGGCCGGCAUCCGAGAAGAGCGAGGCGAGGAGGUGCAGGUGGAGCUGGCCGAGAACGGCAAGAAGGUGGUGAUCAACAAGGACGACAUCCAGAAGAUGAACCCGCCCAAGUUCAGCAAAGUGGAGGACAUGGCGGAGCUCACCUGUCUGAAUGAGGCGUCUGUGCUGCACAACCUGAAGGACCGCUACUACUCCGGACUCAUUUACACGUACUCUGGCCUCUUCUGCGUGGUCAUCAACCCGUACAAGAACCUGCCCAUCUACUCAGAGAACAUCAUUGAGAUGUACCGAGGGAAGAAGAGGCACGAGAUGCCUCCACACAUCUAUGCCAUCUCUGAGGCAGCAUACCGCUGCAUGCUUCAAGAUCGUGAGGACCAAUCAAUCCUUUGCACAGGUGAAUCAGGCGCUGGCAAGACGGAGAACACGAAGAAGGUUAUCCAGUACCUGGCCCACGUUGCCUCCUCACACAAAGGACGCAAAGACCACAACAUUCCUCAGCCCGAAUCUCCCAAAGCAUUCAAGCUACAGGGCGAGUUGGAACGCCAGCUCCUGCAAGCCAACCCCAUCCUCGAGUCGUUCGGCAACGCCAAGACGGUGAAGAACGACAACUCGUCUCGCUUCGGGAAGUUCAUCAGAGUCAACUUCGACGUCACAGGCUACAUUGUCGGAGCCAAUAUUGAAACUUACCUUCUGGAGAAGUCGAGGGCCAUCAGACAGGCCAAAGAUGAGAGGACCUUUCACAUCUUCUACCGCCUACUGGCAGGAGCUGGGGAGCAUCUUCGCACGGACCUGCUCCUCGAAGGCUUCAACGACUACCGUUUCCUGUCAAACGGUAACAUUCCCAUCCCCGGUCAACAGGACAAGGACAACUUCCAGGAGACCAUGGACGCCAUGCACAUCAUGAGCUUCAACCACGAAGAGAUUGUCUGUAUGUUGAAGGUGGUCUCUGCGGUGCUGCAGUUUGGCAACAUUAUCUUUAAAAAGGAGAGAAACACCGAUCAGGCCUCGAUGCCCGAGAACACAGCCGCACAGAAGCUCUGCCACCUCCUUGGAAUGAACAUCAUGGAGUUCACCAGAGCGAUCCUCACCCCGAGGAUCAAAGUGGGACGAGACUAUGUGCAGAAGGCCCAGACCAAAGAGCAGGCGGACUUUGCUAUUGAGGCCCUGGCCAAGGCGACGUACGAGCGGCUGUUCCGAUGGCUGGUUCACCGCAUCAACAAGGCCCUGGACAGGACCAAGCGCCAGGGGGCGUCCUUCAUUGGCAUCCUGGACAUAGCGGGCUUCGAGAUCUUUGAGCUGAACUCGUUCGAGCAGCUCUGCAUCAACUACACCAACGAGAAGCUGCAGCAGCUCUUCAACCACACCAUGUUCAUCCUGGAGCAGGAGGAGUACCAGAGGGAGGGCAUCGAGUGGAGCUUCAUCGACUUCGGCCUCGACCUGCAGCCCUGCAUCGACCUCAUCGAGAGGCCGAACAACCCCCCUGGUAUCCUCGCCCUGCUGGAUGAGGAGUGCUGGUUUCCCAAGGCCACCGACAAGACCUUUAUUGACAAGGUGCUGCAGGAGCAGGGCACGCACACCAAGUUCCAGAGGCCGCGGCAGCUCAAGGACAAAGCGGACUUCUGCGUCAUUCACUACGCGGGGAAGGUGGACUACAAGGCGGAUGAGUGGCUCAUGAAGAACAUGGAUCCCCUCAACGACAACGUGGCCACGCUGCUGCACCAGUCGACCGACAAGUUUGUGGCCGAGCUCUGGAAAGACGACAUUCAGACGUUUCAGAGAGCGUCUUUCUAUGACAAUGUGUCUGGGCUCCAUGAAGCUCCAGUUGACCGGAUCGUGGGUCUGGACCAGGUCUCAGGAAUGAACGAGACGGCGUUCGGGGCCGCGUACAAGACCAAGAAGGGCAUGUUCCGCACGGUGGGCCAGCUGUACAAGGAGCAGCUGUCCAAGCUCAUGGCCACGCUGAGGAACACCAACCCCAACUUUGUCCGCUGCAUCAUCCCCAACCACGAGAAAAGAGCUGGUAAACUGGACCCUCACCUGGUUCUGGACCAGCUGAGGUGUAACGGUGUGCUGGAGGGAAUCCGCAUCUGCAGACAGGGCUUCCCCAACCGCAUCGUCUUCCAGGAGUUCAGACAGAGGUAUGAGAUCCUCACUCCUAACGCCAUUCCCAAAGGCUUCAUGGAUGGAAAGCAGGCCUGCGAGAGAAUGAUUCGAGCUCUGGAGCUGGACAGCAACUUGUUCCGUAUCGGCCAGAGUAAGAUCUUCUUCCGGGCCGGAGUCCUGGCUCAUCUGGAGGAAGAGAGGGACCUGAAGAUCACCGACAUCAUCAUUUACUUCCAGUCUGUCUGCCGAGGAUAUCUGGCGCGAAAGGCUUUUGCUAAAAAGCAGCAGCAGCUCAGCGCUCUGAAAGUUCUCCAAAGAAACUGCGCCGCUUACUUAAAGCUGCGUCACUGGCAGUGGUGGAGACUCUUCACCAAGGUGAAGCCUCUGCUGCAGGUGACCAGGCAGGAGGAGGAGAUGCAGGCUAAGGACGAGGAGCUGGUCAAAGUGAAGGAGAAGCAGACCAAGGUGGAGGGAGAGCUGGUGGAGAUGGAGAGGAAACACCAGCAGACAAUAGAGGAGAAGAACAUCCUGGCGGAGCAGCUGCAGGCGGAGACGGAGCUGUUUGCAGAGGCCGAGGAGAUGAGAGCUCGUCUGGCGUCCAAAAAGCAAGAGCUGGAGGAGAUCCUCCACGACCUGGAGUCCAGGCUGGAGGAAGAAGAGGAGAGGACCCAGGGCAUGCAGGGCGAGAAGAAGAAGAUGCAGUCCCACAUUCAGGACCUGGAAGAACAGUUGGAUGAGGAGGAGGGCGCCAGACAGAAGCUGCAGCUGGAGAAAGUGACGGCUGAGGCCAAGAUGAAGAAAUAUGAUGAAGACAUUUUGCUGCUGGAGGACCAGAACUCCAAGUUUCAGAAGGAGAAGAAGUUGACGGAGGAUCGAAUCAAUGAGAUGACCUCACUGCUAGCUGAAGAGGAGGAGAAGGCCAAGAACCUGAGCAAGAUCAAGAACAAGCAGGAGAUGAUGAUGGUCGACCUAGAGGAGAGGCUGAAGAAGGAGGAGAAGACCCGUCAGGAGCUGGAGAAGGCGAAGAGGAAGCUGGAUGGGGAGACGUCCGACUUCCAGGACCAGAUAUCCGAGCUUCAGACUCAGACAGAGGAGCUGAAGGCACAACUGGGCAAGAAGGAGGACGAGCAGCAGACGAUGCAGUCUAGGACUGAGGACGAGGUCAGCCACAAGAACAACGCCCUGAAGCAGGUGAGGGAGCAGCAGGCCCAGCUGUCCGAGCUGCAGGAGGACCUCGAGUCGGAGAAACAGGCGAGGAGCAAGGCGGAGAAACUCAAGAGGGACUUGAGUGAGGAGCUGGAGGCCCUGAAAACUGAGCUAGAAGACACCCUUGAUACAACAGCUGCCCAGCAGGAGCUCAGGACCAAACGUGAACAGGAGGUUGCCGAGCUGAAGAAGGCCAUCGAUGAGGAGACCAAAAACCACGAGGCCCAGAUCCAGGAGAUGCGACAGAGGCACGGCUCGACUUUGGAAGAGCUGUCCGAGCAGCUGGAACAGGCCAAGAGGUUCAAGGCCAACCUGGAGAAGACCAAGCAGAGCCAGGAGACUGCCAACAAGGAGCUGGUCAGCGAGGUCAAGGGCCUGCAGCAGGCGAAGACGGAGUCCGAACACAAGAGGAAGAAGCUGGAGGCUCAGCUGCAGGAGUUCAUGGCCAGAGCCACCGAGGGAGAGAGAGCCAAGGGAGAGUUGGCUGAACGCUCACACAAGCUGCAGACGGAGUUAGACAACGUGUCGUCCAUUCUGGAGGAUUCAGAGAGGAAGGGGAUCAAGAUGACCAAAGACGUCUCUGGACUGGAGAGUCAGCUGCAGGACACACAGGAGCUGCUCCAGGAGGAGACCCGUCAGAAACUGAACCUCAGCACUCGUAUACGUCAGCUGGAGGAGGAGAAGAACGCUGUGCAGGAGCAGCAGGAGGAGGAUGAGGAGGCUCGCAAGAAUCUGGAGAAGCAGACGUUGACGCUACAGGCUCAGCUAUCAGAGAGUAAGAAGAAGCUGGAGGACGACGUGGGAACAAUAGAGGGCCUGGAGGAAACUAAGAAGAAGCUGCAGAAGGACCAUGAGCUGUCCAGUCAGCGCCUGGAGGAAAAGACCAUCGCCUUUGAAAAGAUGGAGAAGACAAAGACUCGCCUGCAGCAGGAGCUGGAUGAUCUCACUGUCGAUCUGGAUCACCAGAGACAGAUCGUCUCCAGCUUGGAGAAGAAACAGAAGAAGUUUGACCAGUUGCUGGCUGAGGAGAAGAGCAUCUCAGCUCGCAUCGCUGAAGAACGGGACCGCGCUGAAGCUGAGGCCCGAGAGAAGGAGACCAAAGCUUUGUCCAUGACCAGAGCUUUGGACGAGGCACUGGAGGCCAAGGAGGAGCUGGAGAGGGUCAACAAGCAGCUCCGUGCUGAGAUGGAGGAUCUGAUGAGCUCCAAGGACGAUGUGGGGAAGAAUGUCCAUGAGCUGGAGAAGUCCAAGCGCACUCUGGAGCAGCAGCUGGAGGAGAUGAAGACUCAGCUGGAGGAGCUGGAGGACGAGCUCCAGGCCACGGAGGACGCCAAGCUGCGUCUGGAGGUCAACAUGCAGGCCAUGAAGGCCCAGUACGAGAGGGACCUCCAGGGCCGGGACGACCAGAACGAUGAGAAGAAGAGAGCCCUGGUCAAGCAGGUGCGGGAGAUGGAGGCGGAGCUGGAGGAUGAGAGGAAGCAGAGAGCUCUGGCUGUCGCUGCCAAGAAGAAACUGGAGAUGGAUUUGAAGGAUAUCGAGGGUCACAUAGAAGGAGCCAACAAGGCUCGAGACGAAGCCAUCAAACAGCUGCGCAAGUUACAGGCCCAGAUGAAGGACUACCAGAGGGAGCUGGAAGACGCCCGAGCUUCCAGAGAUGAUAUCUUUGCUUUAUCCAAGGAAAAUGAGAAGAAACUCAAAAGUCUGGAGGCUGAGAUUGUGCAGCUGCACGAGGAUCUGGCGGCGUCUGAGCGCGGCCGACGCCACGCAGAGCAGGAACGAGAUGAGCUGCAAGAUGAGAUUUCAAACAGCACCUCCGGAAAGUCGGCUCUGAUGGACGAGAAGAGGAGGCUGGAUGCUCGUAUCGCUCAGCUGGAGGAGGAGCUGGAGGAGGAGCAGGGAAACAUGGAGCUGCUCAACGACCGCUUCAGAAAGACAACCAUGCAGGUGGACACCCUGACCACAGAGUUGAGCGCGGAGCGCAGCACAUCCCAGAAGAGCGAGAACGCUCGUCAGCAGCUGGAGCGUCAGAACAAGGAUCUCCGGGCCAAGCUGGGCGAGCUGGAGGGUUCGGUGAAGAACCGGUUCAAGGCCUCCAUCACCGCCCUGGAGGCCAAGAUAUCCCAGCUGGAGGAGCAGCUGGAGCAGGAGGCCAAGGAGCGAGCAGCCGCCAACAAGAUCGUGAGGAGGACUGAGAAGAAGCUGAAGGAGAUCUGCAUGCAGGUGGAGGACGAGCGUCGCCAUGCCGACCAGUUUAAAGAACAAGUGGAGAAGGCGAACUCCCGUAUGAAGCAGCUGAAGCGUCAGCUGGAGGAGACGGAGGAGGAGGCCACGAGGUCCAACGCCUCGCGCAGGAAGCUGCAGAGAGAGCUGGACGACGCCACCGAGGCCAGCGAGGGCCUGAGCCGUGAGGUCCACACACUCAAGAACCGCCUCAGGCGCGGCGGCCCCAUCAGCUUCUCCUCCAGCCGCUCGGGCAGACGCCAGCUGCAGGUGGAGGGGACGUCCUCGGACCUCGUGUCUGACGACGAGCUGGAGAACAAGAUAACCGACAACAACGCCAACGAGACGCCUGUUCCCCAGCCGGAGUAGGAGAGCGGCGGCCUCCACUUUGGCUCUUCCAUUCACCCCAUCACCUCUCAGCUCGCACAGAAAUACCCAGAAACUCCCGGCUUUAAUAAGGCCCCUGCCCUUCAGCCGCUCCAGCACUUAAUGAAAGGCCCCUGCAGCCACCGCCCGGAGAGACGUGCUCUCUCCACACCGCACACAGCAUGAUCUCACCAACAACCCCCCCGUAUUCCUGACCCGCAAACCCUAAACCUUUGGCAGACACCAGCAGUUGGACCUCCAACUCUUCCCUUCUUUUUGACCUCAACCCCCCUUGUGGGGCCACAGGACUGUAUAAGAGCAGUAACACUCCCUAAAACCCUUUGAGCACACGUUAGAAGUGAGUGAAUCUGAUUCAGUGUCAGGAUGAUAAUUAUCCGGCGGUUUCAAAACGCUUCCCGAAUGCUAAUUUCACGGCAUUGUGACAUUUGAAAGGAAAAAGGACGUGGACGAAAGCAAACGACCUUCAGACUCUAUUUUUCCAUCGAUCCACCGCAGUUUGUGCAUCAUAGGAAUUUAGUUUUGUUAGUGGACCUGUAGCUGAAUAGUAUUUUUCCUCAGUCCUCUGCCGGGAUUGUUCGCUUGCCUUUAGGAAAGUGGCUGUGCGCUGCCUUGCUGCCUCAGUGCUACGAACGCGUCGCUCUCUCGCCCAGUGUUGGUUUCCUCUCAUGUUCGACAGUAGGUCAGUGUUGACUUGUAAUUAUUCAGUACGAGUGCUGCUCGCUCUCUUCUUCUUCUGCUUCUUUUUCUGUGCCUUUUCACUCACUUGAAGCCCAUUAACGCCACGUAUACUGUUCAUAUAUUGAACCGUGCGUCAUAUCGUGAAGGUAUUUUCAUAAAAAGAUUCAUACGUUUUGCAUAUGAAAUGAAAUAUUAGCGGGAAACCUUUUGAUUUUUCUUUGAUUUCUCUCGUUACGUCCUACAGCUUUGACCGUGUGUUACAGUGAUGAUUGACAUGUGGAACCGUCGGGGAUUCUUUGUAGAUGGGUGCUACGACUUUUCUUAUUAAUACCUUUUAUACUUGUUGAGUUAUUAAGAUUUAAAAACAAACCCAUAGGCGUCAGCUGUAUUUAUAUAUCUGCUAUUGUAUACAGUGCAAACUCCAUUCAUAUUUCAAAAAUGCUCAGUAUUGCACAAUGAUCGACUGAACCUGUGCUCACUGUCAUGACGUGUACAGUUCAUGAGAUGUUAGAGCGACAUAAUGCAUUAAAGUCUAUGGAGCCAAUUCA